AUGUUCAACGAGAAGGACCAUCCCAAUGUCGACCGCAACGACUCUUUCCCUCCAAGUCCCUCGUCCGACGAGGAGUCGAAUAUUGGCGAUGAAUAUACUCACAAUGACUUAACACAAGUCCCCACCAACUCGAGCGCAGUAGCGCGCACAUUAUCAGCCGUGCGGACUCGCGAAUCCGGGAAAGAUCUCGGCCCGCCGCCAGAUGGGGGCUUUCAGGCAUGGCUACAGGUCGCCUUGGGGCAUAUGAUCAUCUUCAACACAUGGGGUUACAUCAACAGCUUCGGGGUAUUCCAGACAUACUACACCACCUCCCUAGGCCGAUCCCCAUCAGACAUUUCCUGGGUGGGCAGUAUCCAGAUCUUCCUGCUGUUUUUUAUCGGCACUUUCUCUGGACGAGCCACUGAUGCGGGCUACUUUCGCUUCACUUUGACCGUCGGGGCCACACUGGAGGUGUUCUGUAUUUUCAUGACCUCGCUUUGCACAGAGUACUGGCAGCUCUUCCUGGCGCAGGGACUCGGACAAGGGAUUGGCUGCGGACUAAUGUUCUGCCCGACACUAGCUCUGAUCUCAACCUACUUUGAUAAGCGGCGAGGAAUAGCGAUCGGUCUCACGGCGUCAGGCUCGGCCACCGGUGGACUCGUGUUCCCGGCCGUGGUGUUGCGUCUGUUGCCACAAAUUGGGUAUGGGUGGACCAUGCGCGUCCUGGGCUUCAUAACUUUGGUGACGUUACUUCCUUGUGUGUUACUUUUCAAACAAAGGCUGCCACCACGCACCAGUGGGCCUCUGGUGGAGUGGGCAGCGUUCAAGGAGCUCCCAUAUCUGCUGUUUGCCGUGGGGAUGUUCUUGAACUUCUGGGGGCUUUAUGUAGCCUUCUUCUAUAUUGGUAGUUUCAGCAGCAACAUCAUCGGUGCCUCGGAUACGACAUCCAUCUACCUUUUGAUGGUCAUGAAUGGAGUUGGAUUGGUCGGACGAUUGAUUCCCAACUUCAUGGCGGAUCAAUUCACCGGUCCAUUGAACCUUUUGAUCCCGUUUAGUUGCUCCACUGCUCUAGUGGCAUACUGUUGGGCUGCCGUUAAAAACAUGGAUGGCCUGUGGGCCUUUGCCGCCUUCUAUGGAUUGAGUGCAGCCGGGAUCCAGUCAUUAUUCCCUGCUACCUUGAGCACGCUCACGACCGACCUGAAGAAAACCGGAGUGCGUAUGGGCAUGGUGCUUAGUGUGGUGGCAGUCGCUGCCCUGAUCGGAUCACCUAUAGCUGGUGCCCUAGUAUCCAGUGACGAUGGACAAUAUUUGUACGCACAGAUGUUCAUGGGCAGUGCGAUUAUUGCAGGCACUGUGACGCUGAUCGGAGCUCGAGUGUGCAAGGUGGGCACAGGCAUCACCCGCGUGUAA